AUGUCCAAAUCAAUCGCCAACACAACCCCCUACCCCUUCACUUUCGCCUCCAACGUCCCUAUAAUCACCUCGAACGAUGCAACCAAAACCAUCUCCGUCCCCAUCACCAACUGCCGUGGCAGAAUCCCUUCCUUCAAGACAUCCCAAUUGCGAAGCAUGGUUUUAGAAGCCCACAACGACCCGAGCAAGAUUGUCGCGCAUGUGUGCAGCUACGACGCUCUGAGCUCCAAGCUCUGCGAGGAAGCGGGAUUCCCUGUUGUGUUCCUAUCCGGAUUCGCAAUGUCAUCUGCGCUAGGGCUGCCAGAUACAGGCGAAGCAUACGCCCGAUGGCAAGCGGCGGUAGACGCGCGGAACGAAGGCCUGGAUAUCUGGAUUAUGGCUCGAACGGAUAGCUUGAUCCACGGGUACGAAGAGGCGCUAGCGCGAGCCCGAAAAGCUAUCGAGUUAGGAGUUGACUGCGUCUUCGUUGAAGCGCUUCCGGACCGGGCAUCGAUGCUACGUCUGCGUAGGGAACUAGAGUUCCCGGUGUUUGCGAAUAUAAUCGAGGGCGGGAAGACGGAGAAUCUAUCCGCCAAGGAUCUGGCAGAGAUGGGCUAUUCCGUUGUGGCGUAUCCGUUCACGUUGGUGGCGGCCAGACUGAAGAGUAUCCGGGAGGCGUUGGAGGCUAUCAAGGAUUCGUUUAUGGUGGGGAGUCCACCGACUGUUUUGUCGUAUGAGGAGGUGUGUGAGGGUGUAGGGUUUAAUCGGUAUUAUGAGAUGGAGGAGAAAUACCAAUAUGAUGAAUCGACGACAGGAAGUCAUGGGCAUCAGUGGGAUUGA